UAUUUGUCCUCCGCAUCACUAGAGGGCAAGACAACGACAACGAACAAAACAGUCAAAAGUCAAAGGUUACAAGCAAGAUGGCGUCGAGUAAACGUGUUCUUUAUGUUGGAGGUCUCGCGGAGGAGGUGGAUGAGAAAGUGCUGCACGCGGCAUUCAUUCCCUUCGGUGAUAUCACGGAUAUUCAGAUCCCGUUAGAUUAUGAGACGGAGAAACACAGGGGCUUUGCAUUCAUCGAGUUUGAGCUGGCAGAGGAUGCAGCUGCUGCCAUUGAUAAUAUGAAUGAGUCUGAGCUGUUCGGGAGAACCAUCAGGGUGAACAUUGCCAAACCCAUGAGAAUUAAAGAGGGCUCCUCUCGACCAGUGUGGUCUGAAGAUGACUGGUUAAAGAAGUUCUCAGGGAAGACAGCUGAGGAGAGUGAGACGGCGGAGUCAACUGCGGAAUCAGCCAGUACAAACACUCAGGAGGGAGAGCCUCCAGCAAAAAAAGGCAGAACUAACCCUCAGGUCUACAUGGACAUCAAGAUUGGCAACAAACCUGCAGGUCGACUGCGCUUCCUUCUACGAGCAGACGUUGUGCCUAUGACUGCAGAAAAUUUCCGUUGUCUGUGCACACAUGAGAAGGGCUUUGGAUUCAAGGGCAGCAGUUUCCACAGAAUCAUCCCUCAGUUUAUGUGCCAGGGUGGAGAUUUCACUAAUCACAAUGGCACUGGGGGGAAAUCCAUAUAUGGAGGCAAGUUUGAGGAUGAGAACUUUGUCCUCAAGCACACCGAACCAGGUCAGCUGUCGAUGGCAAACUCUGGGCCCAAUACUAACGGCUCUCAGUUCUUCAUAACUGUUGAUAAGACGGACUGGCUGGAUGGCAAACAUGUGGUAUUCGGAGAACUCGUAGAGGGCAUGGAUGUACUCCGGGCCAUGGAGGCUCAGGGAUCAAAAGAUGGCAAAACCAAACAGAAAGUCAUCAUCUCUAAUUGUGGAGAGUAUGUGUGAGAUCAACAUAAUGAGUGUGUCUGUCUGUGUGUUUGGGAGUGAGAGAGUAGUUUUUGUAGUACUUUGUAAAUAUCUAAAUAAAACUUUUAUACAUA